UACUCUUUGCAGAUAUUUGGCCAUAGCCACUUUCCUUGUUGCCUCUUCGAGGUUGCCAUUUACUUGUGGGAUACCAAGCAAAAAUGAAGGACAUCACAGUUUUGUUUUUCUUGGUCACCUUGACGACAUCCUAUGCCCGUACCUACCAAAAUGUGGCUCUUCGUGGCAAAGCUACACAGUCCAACAGAUACAACAGUGAAUAUUCGGCAGCCUCAAAUGCCAUCGAUGGGAACCGGGAAUCUGACUACAACGCAGGGUCCUGUGCUGUGACAAAGACGCAGACAAACCCCUGGUGGAGAGUGGACCUGCUGGAGACCUACAUCGUCACCUCCAUCACCAUCACAAACAGAGGAGACUGCUGCCCUGAGAGACUGGACGGGGCUGAGAUCCAUGUGGGCAACUCGUUGCUCUAUAAUGGGAAUUUGAAUCCUGUAGUGGCGACGCUCCCACACAUCCCAGCAGGUCGCUCUUUCACCACCACCUUCAGCAAACGAGUGGAGGGCCGAUAUGUCUCUGUGGUUCUACCCGGAACCGGCAGGCUCCUGACCCUCUGUGAAGUGGAGGUCUAUGGAUACCGUGCACCAACCGGAGAAAAUCUGGCCCUCCAGGGAAAAGCUACACAAUCAUCACUCUAUAAAAAUUACGUAGCAUACAACGCUAUAGAUGGAAACCGUAACACAGAGUGGAGUACAUGCUCACACACCGAUAACAACUUAAACCCCUGGUUGAGACUGGACUUGAGGAAAACACACAGGAUUUUCACUGUGAAUGUCACCAACGUAAUAGAGGCUUCCACAAGACUGGAUGGAGCAGAGAUUCGCAUUGGAGAUUCCCUUGAAAACAAUGGCAACAACAACUCAAGGUGUGCAGUCAUCACAAAUAUUCCUCCAGGUUUCACUGAGGAGUUUAACUGUGAUGGGAUGGACGGUCGGUACGUUAACAUAGUGAUCCCAGGACGGACAGAGUACCUGCAUGUGUGUGAGGUGGAGGUCUACGGCUCUGUGCUCGACUAGAUGUUCUGACAACACAAUACAGUGUUGUGAGUGGGUGGAUGUGUACAUUUUGUGAUUGUUAUUAAAAUGUUAAAUAUAUAUGACAUCUGACACAUGACAUCAUGGCCAUACUGGCUCUUCAACGCCUGAUCCUGUCAGAUCUCAGAAGCUAAGCAAGGCCGGGCCUGGUUAGUACUUGGAUGGGAGACACUGGGAAAAUCAGGUGCCACAGGGGGGCGCCAGUGGCAAAAACUGUUGUUGUGUCCUUAGGCAAGACACUUCACCCAUGUUGCCUAGUAUGAAAGUGGUGUGUGUGUGAGUGAUGGUGGUGGUCAGAGGGGCUGAUGGUGCAGAUUGGCAGUCUCGCUUCCGUCAGUCUGUCCCAGGGCAGCUGUGGCUACAGUAGUAGUUUAACACCACUGAGUGUGAAGUGACUGAAUAAUGAACUGUAAAGUGCUUUGGGUGUCUUGAAAGGCUCUAUAUAAAUGCAAUGAUUAAUUAAUUAACAUCUAUAUUACAUUAUUAUACAAGAUUUAUUGUGCUUUAACUGUGCUUUUACAGUCUGACUGAUCACAUGACUUUUUCAUCUCAUCAGACAAGCCUUUUCAG